AUGGCUCAACAACAACAAUUCUGCAAUGUUGAUCCAAGAAUAUGGCAAGAAUGUGCAGGAGAUUCUUUCACAGUUCCUAAACUUCAUUCUAGAGUUUAUUAUUUUCCACAUGGUCAUUUAGAACACUCUCCUGUAACCCCUACCACUCAAACACUCUCCCUCCUUCGCUCAUUCAUUCUUUGCACUGUCUCCUCUAUUGAUUUUCUUGCAGAUCUUGAAACUGAUCAAAUCUUUGCAAAACUACUCCUCACUCCCGUCAUUGACGCAACUGUUGUUCCUCCUGUUGAGGCUAGCAAUCAAGAAGACAAUGGUGAUCGUGUCGUUUCAUAUGCAAAGACUAUAUCUAAAUCUGAUGCUAACAAUAAGGGUUCAUUCUAUAUACCUCGGGCCUGCGCCGACUCAAUCUUUCCGCCGCUUGACUUGACAACUCCAUCGCCAUCUCAAGAACUUUCUAUCACUGAUGUUUGCGGUGUUGUCUGGACCAUUUCCCACGUCCAUCGAGGGAAUCCCGAGCGAUACCUAUUCACCACCGGAUGGAAUGCAUUUGUUAAGAAGAAGCAUCUUGUCGCCGGAGAUACCCUUGUUUUCAUUAAAAACUCGGCUGGAAAGAUAUUUGUUGGAAUCCGCCGCCACAAUAUGUCUGCAGCCGCUAGUAAAAUAACCGAAAAGACAGUUAUCAAUGCAGUAGAAUUGGCUAAGAAGAAUACACCAUUUGAAGUCAUGUGUUAUCCGACGGUGGAUGGUUUUGAUUUUGUGGUGGAACAUGAAGUUGUGAAGAAUGCCAUAAAGGUUAAUUGGAAUACUGUAUUGAGAGUUACACACACAGUUAAGGGAGGCUCAACUUUUCAUGGGACAAUAUCUGGAUUCUCCCAUCCUUCAACUCAUCCAUGGCGCAUGCUACUGGUUGAAUGGGAUGAACCCAAUGUCUCGAAGAAUCUAAAGUGUGUAAGUCCGUGGCAGUAUUUAAAUGAUGAGAUCAUUUACUACAGUUUUAUUGAUGAUUUGCAAACUCAUAAAAUGUUGCUGAUUUUGAGAAAUCAGAUUUCUGUUGCUGAGAUGGAUCCUUCAAGCAUUGGCUAA